UGGGUGCUGCCCCGGAGGGCACGGCGCAGCCCGCCGCCCCUGGCCGCCCCGCGGUGCUACUUCAGAGCAGACUUUAGUUUACAGCCAUUAGCCGUAAGCCCAGCUGCGUCGUUCGCGCAGCAAGUCAAGUGCGAGAGUGUCCUAAAAUCCUGAAACACGCUGGCGUGCCCGAGCGCGGGGCACUUGCUGUAUUCAGCCUUGCUGUGAACAGAUACGUGGGAUGAAGGGAGCCUGACCGCUGUGCAGAGAGGAGUUCCCCAGAGGCCCGCUGAUGUGGGCAUGAGGAGCUGCCCAUGAUGAGCAAGGCGCUACUGGCCAGCAAAAUGCAACAGGAGUGUCGGAGUAUGUGCGUCUUUCUGCCCAACAGAGAGCAGCUCAGUGUAACCAUUGGGGUCAAAGCCACCGGACAGGAGCUCUUUCAGCAAGUUUGUGAUUUAGUGAAGAUUAAAGAGCCUCACUUCUUUGGCCUCAGCAUUGUUAAAAAUAACGAAUAUGUGUUUAUAGACCUGGAGCAGAAGCUCAGCAAAUACUUUUCAAAGGAAUGGAAGAAAGAAACGAGCAAAGGAACAGAGAAAUUUAGCCCUCCUUUUGUGGCAUUCUUUAGAGUACAAUACUAUGUAGAAAAUGGAAGGGUGAUAAGUGACAAGGUGGCAAGGCAGCUCUACUACUGCCAUCUCAAGGAGAAAGUCCUGAGGUCUCGGUGCAACCACAAAGAAGAAAUCUACUUCUUGCUGGCUGCCUACAGCUUACAGGCAGACUUGGGAAAUUAUAAGGAGGAAGUCCAUGCUGGCAAAUAUUUUGAACCUCAGGCUUAUUUCCCACAAUGGAUAAUUGCAAAGAGGGGGAGUGACUACAUCUUGAAACAUGCCCCAGAGAUGCACCGAGAACAGCAAGGUCUGACUGCUAAAGAAGCUGUGCUGAAGUUCAUUAAGGAGUCCUGCUUGUUGGAAGAUGUGCCUGUCCACUUCUACAGGCUGCAGAAGGAUAAGAAGGAGGACCGCCCGACAGUUAUCCUGGGCCUGACCCUUAGAGGAAUGCACAUCUAUCAGGAGGUGAAUCAUGUUCGUCAGCUCCUCUAUGACUUUCCCUGGUCACACAUUGGGAAGCUAGCAUUUCUAGGGAAAAAAUUUGAGAUCCAGCCAGAUGGUUUGCCCUCUGCACGGAAAUUGGUUUACUACACAGGUUGCCCCUUUAGGUCACGGCACUUGCUGCAGCUCCUCAGCAAUAGCCACCGGCUCUUUCUGAAUAUCCAGCCGGUGUUGAAGCAAAUCCAAAAACUGGAGGAGGCUGAAGAGAAGAAGCGCUACCGGGAGUCCUACAUCAGUGACACGCUAGACAUGGACCUGGACCCUUCUGAUAAGAACUCGCAUGGCAGCGGGAGCAGUGGAGAUAGCCGGAGGGAUAACCGUCUCUCACGCCAGUCCACAGGGAGUCAUGGCAGCUCUCACACAUCUGGCAUUGAGGCUGACUCAAGGCACCGGAUAUCUGUGGAAAUGUCAGUGGAUGAGCCCUUCAGCAUUGAUAGGAUACAUAGGAAAGAAAAAUCCUGCAGCUCGACCAUCAGCUAUGGUAGCUCUGGCAUUGACAGUGGCAGCAAAGGGAGGGCUGAAGAUGACUCUCAAGAUGAUGAGCUUGAGCUGGCAGUAGAUGAGCCUUUAGAGGGAGAACAGUUAGAGGAGGCCCCUGUGGGAGAAUCUGUUGAUUCCCUUCAUCUAGAUGCUACUAGCUGCCAAGCUAUUAAUCAGGAGUCACUAUCUGUGGUGCAGGUCACGCUAAUAAAGAUGAGAGGCCAAAGUGUGGAAUCCCUUCAUCAGGUCAGACCGCCCAAAGGCAGGAGCUGCACAGACCAGCACAGCCAGAGUUUGGAUGAUAUCCGCCUUUACAAGCACCAGCAUCCACCACUAAGUGCCACGCUGUCUUCAGACACAUCUCACAGCUACACGUUUGGCUGCACCCUGGAGGAUAAGCUGGCUAUCUACGGCUGUGUUUAUUCCACAGCGGACUGCAAAACCAAGUCUGCUCUUUAUGGGAAGCGAUCCAUGAACUGCCUCUCCUUGGAUCUUCUGGGAGAGGACCAGCUCCCGGAGGAAUUUGUAGUGUAAUGAGAUUGGAGCUCUUCCACAUCAGGGAACAGCUCAUCAUGGAAACAGAAGUGAUUAUAUAUACCUCAUUAACACAUGUGAUGUCAGUCUGGUUCUUGCAGGAGAUUGUUAACAGCUUUGUUACUCAGCUCCAUAAUCAGUAAGUGACAUCACUUUUGCAGACCUGACUACAGGGCAAUUAACUGGAGUGUAGCACUUAAUUUGGCAUUUGAAGCAUCUGUUUAGAAGAAAAUGGAAGUAGCCUGCACCAUUAGAAGUGACAUAACUGAUAUAAAACCCUCAAAUAGUGGACCAGAACUGGUACUGAGUUGUUAAAAAAAAAAAAAAAAAAAAUCAAAAAAAUAUGUCAACAGAUUUAUCAGAAAGAAAUUAAACAGUCCGUGUCAGUUUAGCUUUCUGCCUUUCUCUUAUGAUCCAUUUAUGUUAAUGCUAGUACACAAAUAGACUCGCUGCCUUGAGUUUGUGCUGCCAAUGCUGCCAACAGGUGUCAGGCCAGGAUAUACCCCGAGAAUAUCGGGAGGUAUGUGUAUGGAAAAGUCCAGCCUGUUCUCUUUGUAAUGAAUAGAAGUCACCUGUUUGCUUUACUCGGCACAAGAUCUGCUCUGAUGUGAGUUUAUUUCUAGGUGUUUUUGUUUUGUUUUAAGCAUUUGGCCAAAUACAGUGUGGGUUAUCUGUUUUCUGUUUUUCUAUAUCCCCCCCCUUUUUUUAAUGCAAGAAAUAGAACUGUUGUCUCUAUAGUACUGCCAUGAUUAGAUUGGUAGGUACAUUCUUAUAGCCUAGAGGAGACGAGGAAGAGAAGAAAACAAGCGACUUGUCUUCUAUUCUCUCAGAAGCAGCCAAGAUGACAAUGCUAAUUGACUGGCUCUUGAAAAUGGGAGUGUGACUGGAAAACUUGUCCAAGCAUGAUCACCCCUUAUUUUGAAUCAUACUUUUUAGGUUGUACUUUAUUUUUUAUAAAUCUAUUCCUCAGAAUUUUUGUCCUUUGCUUAGGAGGCAAGUACAGGCUGGAAAAAGUCACUUUGGAAAGACAAAUCAGGUAGUUAUUAGUGACUUUGUCCAAUUUAGUCCUGGAUAGUGUGUGUGUAAGUGUGGGUGAAUGAUGCUGUAGGGCCCAUGAUGGUGGAAGUGUAGUGGGGUUGUGUGUCUAGCCAGGAGAACAUGUAUGGUGAUUUUGAGUCCUAUGGGGCUUGCUAUGUUGGCUCUCACUGAUACAAUGAUCAUUAUUGUGCUGUUUAAUUAAAGCAUUUUAUUUGAUGCAAAAAACAUCUUGUCACCUUCUAAAGGAAUAAGAAAGGAAUAUUUAUUUGAUUUUUUUUUUUGUUCCCUAUCUCCCCCUCUUCUUCUCCCUCCUUCUGCAUGUUGAUUCCCAGCAUUUUUUUUCAUUAUUCCAAGCAAAGCUAAAAAUGCCUUUACAAAAUACUGAAGAUGUUUUUUCCUGUAUCCAAAAUAAACUCUCCUAAAUGGACACUAAAGGGUUAGACAGCAUCUGUCUGCUCAUGAACAAGAUAGUCUAGCCUCCUGCUACCUGGGGCCUGUUUGGCAGUAGGCUAUGGAAAGGGGCAUAUCCAAGACCCAGGAGGCUGGUAGCUGUGCUGCAGGAAGCAAUCUUGUUCUUCCACAGAAUGAAACCAGCUGUAGCACUGGAUAGAUGGGUCUUACUCUGGUGGUGCUCAUAUUUUAAUGAAAAAGCAGGGAAUUUUGAUGUGACUGCUCUGCUUACCUGUUGCUCUCCCACACAUGCUGAUAUACGUAUAAUUAUUCAUGGUUCUGUCAAAAGUCGUUUACUGGGGGGGG